AUGGAACUCCCCUCUAUCCACGCACCAAACGGGCUUUCAGAAAGCGAUAGGAAAAGGGCCAUUACUGUGGGCCCUUCUCGGCGAAGCCAAAUACGAACGGAGCCGAGCAGCUCGUUCAAUGCGGGCUCCUACGCCCCGGCUCCCGACAUUGAGAUGAUGGCUAUCGACGACAUGGAGGAGUCAAGGAUGAUAUCCGACAUCGUCGCCUCUUCAAGAAGUGAAACCGACUUUUCCGCUUCUGACGAAAUGGAGCUUGACAGACACAUUUUGCAGACAUCUACGGUGGCGCUCCAGGGAAACGUGUCUUACUUGAUCAUCGACACCAACUUCAUUCUCUCGCAGCUUCUGAUUUUGGACGAGUUGAAAACUAUCGGGGAGCGGUACGGCAUUGUCAUUGUCAUUCCCAUCCAGGUGGUCAGGGAAUUGGACGGGUUGAAGGGAUCCGAGAACAGGGCGUCCAACGAGCAGGGCGGCCUGCUGGAUAUCGGCAAAUUGGCCCGCCGAGCCAACGACUGGAUCUUCUCCUGCUUGGCCCAACGCUGUCCUACGGUCAAAGGCCAGGGCCUCAAAGAAAAAAUCGACAGGUACGCCACAAAGGAUGACGCCAUUCUAGACUGCUGUCUCUAUUACAAGGAGGAGUACAAACACACGCUCCAGAUUCUAUUUUCCAACGAUAAAAACCUCUGCCUGAAAGCAUUGAUGAAUGACGUUCUCACCAUCUCGUUCCACAAAGACAUGAGUGCGCAGUUGAUUGCGGAGAAGAUCUAUCAGGAGAACAUGAUGAGAUUCGGGUACAUCGACCCGAAUUCCGUCGCCAGUGUUGAAGUAGAGGUUCCAAGCCCAGUGCAUGCACAGAGCCCGGAGCAGAUCACCGAGUCCAUCUACGCCGAGAUUCUGAAGGUAGCAUGUCAUAUUGUGGGGCUCUACAUGCGGGCAGAGUAUGGCGACGACAUAUCCCUAAUCAGAGACUACGACGCAAACUCGACCGUGAGCCUAGAAGAUGCAGUAAUGGUAAUCAUCCGCUUCUGGAGACCCGUUUUCUCCCAGAGCUUGAGAGGAGGCGAGCCUUUCGAGGAGCACCACGGCAGAAGCACUCCUAUCAUGGUCGACCCCCCAAGAUCAGCCCAUGAUUUGCUCCAGUUUGUUGACUUUUGGGAGAGCCUCUUGCUCAAGUUGUACGAGAAAAACAGUCGGCUCGAUGGUCUCGAAGUGAUUCAGAUACAUGCGAAAAAGUGGAAGGAUCUUGCCCACUCACUUGUUGCGGCCGAGCACUGA